AUGGAUGACUGCAAUCCGGUCAGAGUUCCGAUGGAGAAAGGCCUCUCACUGGAACCGACAGGCCAACGCACUGACGAACCAUAUCGCGAGCUAUUGGGAUCCCUGAUGUAUCUCAUGCUGUGUGUUCGACCUGACGUAUGUUUUCCGGUUGGAUAUCUGGGUCGUUUCCAGCAAAACCCUACGACUCAACACUGGCAAGCACUGAAGCACGUGGUCCGGUACAUUCAAGGAACCAGAGGUAUGACGCUACUAUUCCGGCGAGAGGAAUCGAGCGUACCAUUGGUCGGGUACGCGGAUGCGGAUUGGGCUUCCGAUGUCACCGAUAGGAAAUCUGUCAGCGGUUACCUGUUCAAGGUGUUCGGAUGUCCCGUCUCCUGGUGUAGCAAGAAGCAGCAGACAGUAGCAACAUCAUCCAGCGAGGCAGAAUAUGUAGCUCUGAGUCUGGCGGCAACUGAAGCGAUUUGGCUGAACGGAGUUCUGAAGGAUCUGCAAGAAGCUAGCGCACCGGUUACCAUCUACGAAGAUAACAGGGGCUGCAUCUGCAUGGCGAAGAAUUUGGAGAUGAUGCGCACCAAGCAUAUCGACGUCAAGCAUCACUUCCUCCGUGAUCACGUGGCGUCUGGAUCCCUAAAAAUCGAACCUAUCAAGACCGAAGAUCAGAUAGCGGAUAUAUAUUUACCAAGCCGUUGGAGUCUACCCGUUUCAAGGCUCUACGGUCAAACCUAG